AUGGUCAACGAGCCUACUGAAGAUGCAGAUUUACGUGCUUUACUGGAAUCUAUGGAGAAAUCAGGAGAUCCAUCGCCUGGACUGCCACUAGCAGCAGAACAUGCUGAACAAUUUGUAGAAUUAAUGGCAAAGAUUGCCCAGAAUCCAGAAUUGGCCAGUUCACUAUCAGCCGAAUCGAUGCCAUCAACCCUCAAAGUGAAUGCAUCAUCAGACACUCAAAAGGAGAGACACGAAGUGACUCCUCAGCCUGGAUUCGUGCUCAAGACAGUGAAUAGAAAGAAGUCUGCUUCUGGGGAAUGGGCUGAAGGGAUAAAGGUCUUUAUCAACUUUGGACACUCGUCUCAGAUUCCCAGUCCACCGCCUGGAAGCGAUGAAGAAAUCCUGAAGGCUAUAGCUACUGAAGAUGGAACCUACAAGGUACCAACUUCGCUAAGCACUCCUCGACGAGACAAGGAUAAAGCUGGACGAGAAGCUUGCGUAUACGAUGUUUGUGUACACACGAAUGCGCUACAACUCGCAUCAAGGCUGGAAGACUAUCAGAUCUUCCUGAUGGAACUGGUCUUGCAACACGUCGAAACAAAGAGUGGAAUGCUGCUCAGUCGAGACAUCUCAUUCCCAAAAAUGAAGUCCAAAGGACCGCUCGCCAAACAUAUAAUCUAUCGAGCCAAACGACCCUCCAUUGCUGAGACAGCACCUAUAAUCUCGAACAAACCAGAUGCACCAUCAAAAGCUCCAGCCAAACCGAAAAAGCUUCCUGCUCCUGAAUACGAGGUUAUCCCAACUCCAAAAACUGGUCGUCCGGAAUAUAUUCAGGUCAAGAUACGUCUCCCCGCUGUGGAGUCAACAAAGGAGGCGACUCUUGAUGUAGAGUUGGAUAAGCUCAUAUUGAGCGUGCCCAACCUUCAUGAUGCCGACAUCAAACUUCCGUGGAAGGUCGAUAUUGAUUCGUGUCGAGCUCAAUUUGAUAGGAGUGUACGCCAUCUGAAUGUAUAUUUGACCUGUUCCAAGUAG